AUUUGCAACUUCCGAAUUGAAACAAUUUCUUCCUGAUUCAUCGAUACAUUAACAUCAAGUGAUACAGAAACCUCAGUAUCUGUGUGAACCUUGAAGAGUGCGAGGGUGCGUGAUUAAUAAAUAGUGACUUAUAAAUCAUAUUUUAAACGGUGAAGCGUGCGGUUAACGUAAUAUUGUAUAUAAGUAAUUGUCACAGUAUUCGAUUCACACGUGGAUUUGAAUAUUUAAAAAUGAAUUCAUUUGUUAGAAAUAAUUUUAAUACUAUAAAAAAGGGAUCUUAAAUUUGAAGAAUUUAUGCAAGGACUUUGUUUUAUACAUGUGAUAUAAAUGUUUUAAAGGGACAGUCAGAGCUGUAUAUAUAUAGUGUAUUGGAUUUUUAGCUAGUAACUCGUGCAGGAGACAAUCCCGACUAAUUUGGACAUUAAAUUUUAAAACGUGUGUCUUUAUAUCUAUUCCAAUACUUAUGUCUAGAGACUUUCAUCACUUAUGUCUAGUAAUCUGAAAUACGAGAAAAUGAAGAAGAAGUACGAAUUCCAAGACAAGAGAAGUUCGUGCAUUAAGUGUGUGCUCGUUGGGGACGAGGGGGUCGGUAAAACAAAUUUGGCCUCUCGUAUAUCAUCGAGAAAAUUCAAAGAAGAAUACAUUCCGACUGUAUUUGACAAUUAUGCAGCUACUGUGAUGCUUGACCAGAAGCCAUUCCACUUCAGUCUCUUUGACACAGCAGGCAAAGAGGACUAUGAUAGACUACGUGUUAUAUCAUAUAUGAACUGUGAUGUAUUUGUGAUAUGUUUUUCUGUGAUAAGCCGGGAGUCCCUGGAGAGCGUAGAGUCACACUGGGUACCCGAAAUCAAACAUUACCUGCCUAAAACACCGUUCGUCCUGGUCGGGACACAAAUAGACAAAAGAAAUGUACAGGAUAGUAAUGGGGUUAAUUCCAAACCGGAAGUGUCUUUCAAAGAAGCCAUCGAAGUAGCAAACAGAUGUGGUGCAACCUCGUAUGUCGAAUGCUCAUCAAUGUCGUCAGAUGGUAUUAGUGACGUCAUUAGAGAAACCAUAGAAACAGUACAAAAAGCAUAUGAUUGUAGAUCGAAUAAGGGCAAUUGCUGCCAUUGCGCCCUGAUCUGAACAUCUGGUGCUGUAAAUCUUGUGCGAUAAUACUGUAACAACCUCAAAUAUAUGCGAUCCCAAACUGCGCAUGCGUGUGUUUGAAAUUCUUCUUCCGGUCUUUGACAAUGACGCAUAUUCAAAGAAAAUGAAAGAAUCUUAAAACGUGGAGGUUAUUAAUUUAAUAGUUUUCUUCGUUCGCGCGAAAUAACAGUGCCUGUAUUGAAUACUUCAGGGGAUUAAAAUAGAAUAUCAGAAUACCAGAGCUUUUAAGACAGUACAUCUAUUUCUGAGAUAAAUAUUGCAAGAAAGUGUUAUUUUAUCCGCCUUCGGAAGAGCAGACCUAUAGAUGAUUCUGUUUGUUUGACAUGUUACUAGUCAUAAUUAAUUUUGUAUGCAGACAUAAUGCCGUAUACUAGGGUAGUCUGGCACGUGAAAUUGAUAGUGAUUUAUAGACUAUAGUGAUUUAUGGGAUAUAAUCAGUGUACUUUAUGUUUGUUAUAACACGAUAAACUGAUAUUGAACUGACUUACUGUACAAAUAUUUGAUAUAUAGAGCAAUAUUUUACAAUCGGAAUGACUAGACGCGAGAACAGCUUUAUUACAGUCUACAUUCUGCCGCUUGAUUAAGACCAGUCUAUAACUUUGGCGUCCCAUUGGCUGAUUACAAAUUCAAACAUUAAAAAUGGACCAAUGAAAUCAGUUCUUUGUGGACUGGAACUAUU